AUGCAGGUUCUGUGGUUCGGCAUUUCCAACUUCCAGCCUGACCUGCUCCAGAAACUCCUCGCUAUUUGUAAGGCCAACGGUUCCGUUAAGCCUAGCGUCUACCAAGGCGACUAUAGUGCGAUAAACCACGGAAUGGAAAAGAAGCUGCUUCCGAUUCUAAGAAAGCACGAACUCGCUUACAAUGCGUUCUGUGUCCUUGCUUCCGGAUUCCUUUCCGGCAAAUUCACCCAUCAGACAGACGAAGGGACACGAUUUAGCGCCCAUAACCCCCUAGGAGGGUCCAUGCGAGAGUUGUACGACCAAGAUGUAUUAGACGCGGCACUUAAAAGACUGGAGGAAGCGACAAAUGCCUUUGGAGUUACUACCAUCAACGCAGCACUGCGAUGGGCUUAUUAUCGCUGA